AUGCCCGAAAAGGGAAUCGAGGGGACUGUGGAUUUGGAGAUCAGGUCGCAGCCUGGUAGCAAGGCUCAAGGUGAUGGCCAGGGUGUUGAAGACCCUGAAGGUGUUGUCAAUGUGGGUAGCGGCACGGGUUCUUGGCAACUCGAUCUUCUAAAUGGUUGA